AUGUUUGCGGACCGUGUGGGGAUCCCAUCUUCCCUCCGACCCACUGUACUACGCCAGUUCCAUGCCGCUCAUCCUGGUACCAGCCGAAUGAAGUCUAUUGCUCGCAGUUUUGCCUACUGGCCGGAUAUCGACGGCGACAUCGACGACCUGGUUCGACGCUGUUCUCGAUGUCAGCAAGCUGCCAAGAUGCCGCCUCGUCAACCUCCAAUACCCUGGCAACCACCGGAGAGGCCUUGGUCACGCGUGCAUAUCGACUUCGCUGGCCCACUUAACGGAGUCUCCUACCUAAUCUUGGUUGACGCCUACUCGAAAUGGCCCGAGAUUGCUCCGAUGAAUCCAGCAACCGCAUCUGUCACUGUCGCCUUCCUACGACGCAUCUUUAGCCAACAUGGCUUACCAGAAGUCCUGGUUUCAGAUAAUGGCUCUCAGUUUAAUUCGUCGUCGUUUGAGGAUUUCUGCCGCCAGCACAACAUCCAGCAUCUUCGCUCCCCGCCCUACCAUCCUCAGUCUAACGGGCAGCCGGAGCGUUUUGUCGACACGUUUAAGAGAGCCCUCUUGAAAGCUCGUGGGGAGGGGACCACGGACGAGAUAGUCCAGGCGUUCCUGUUUUCCUACAGGACGACACCGAACCCGGCGUCCCCUGGUGGUGUUUCUCCUGCCGAAGCGUUGAUGGGCCGAAAACUGCGUACAACGUUUCAUGCCCUCGUCCCAACCGGUGCGCAGCCCGCGCAGACUUCUCCAGUUUCUAGCAGCAAGCUCUCCAUCGGAACACCUGACUUCGUUCGUGAUUAUCGAGCGGGGUUCCCAGACUGGAUUGAAGCAACCGUAGUAUCGCACAGAGGCAGUAUGUUGUUUGACGUCGACGUUGGUGAUGACAUCUGGGUUCGCCACCACAACCAGAUCCGACGGCGACAUUGCAGUAACACAACUGGGCUCGAUUCGGCGCCGUCACUCUCUCUCGACAUCCUACUGGAUACCUUCGCCAUUCCGGCAGAUCAGUCGGUUCCCGAACCCACUUCUGCGCCCCCAUCGGAUAUACCAUCUUCGGUAUCAGUUACCGCUCCCGUAUCUCCAGGCACUAAACCACGACUAAGACGCCGGACCAACCGCGUGCGCCGAUCAACACGUCUGAUGCAGGUCAACCCACGCCAGAAGCGGUACUGA